AGACCUGGAAAAGGAAUCGUGACGUGCAGGAAACCAUUACACCACCAGUCGGGCCGUGCUCUCUGGCUGCCGCCGCCACCCCCGCCCUUGCCUCCGGUGCACUUUAAAGAACCGGCACCAUGACUGACUCCAAGUACUUCACAACCAAUAAAAAAGGAGAAAUUUUUGAAUUAAAGGCUGAACUCAACAAUGAAAAGAAGGAAAAGAGGAAGGAGGCUGUGAAGAAAGUAAUUGCUGCUAUGACCGUGGGGAAGGAUGUUAGCUCUCUCUUUCCAGAUGUAGUGAACUGUAUGCAGACUGACAACCUGGAACUAAAAAAGCUUGUGUAUCUCUACUUGAUGAAUUAUGCCAAGAGUCAGCCAGACAUGGCCAUCAUGGCUGUCAACAGCUUUGUGAAGGACUGUGAAGAUCCCAAUCCUCUGAUUCGGGCCUUGGCAGUCAGAACCAUGGGGUGCAUCCGGGUGGACAAGAUUACAGAAUAUCUCUGUGAGCCCCUCCGCAAGUGCUUGAAGGAUGAAGAUCCCUAUGUUCGGAAAACAGCAGCAGUCUGCGUGGCAAAACUCCAUGAUAUCAAUGCCCAAAUGGUGGAAGAUCAGGGAUUUCUGGAUUCUCUGCGGGAUCUCAUAGCAGAUUCAAAUCCAAUGGUGGUGGCUAAUGCUGUAGCAGCAUUAUCUGAAAUCAGUGAAUCUCACCCAAACAGCAACUUACUUGAUCUGAACCCACAGAACAUUAAUAAGCUGCUGACAGCCCUGAAUGAGUGCACUGAAUGGGGCCAGAUUUUCAUCCUCGACUGCCUGUCCAAUUAUAAUCCUAAAGAUGACCGAGAGGCUCAGAGCAUCUGUGAGCGGGUAACUCCCCGGCUUUCUCAUGCCAACUCAGCAGUGGUGCUUUCAGCAGUAAAAGUCCUAAUGAAAUUUCUAGAGUUGUUACCCAAGGACUCUGACUACUAUAAUAUGCUGCUGAAGAAGUUGGCCCCUCCACUUGUCACUUUGCUGUCUGGGGAGCCAGAGGUGCAGUACGUCGCCCUGAGGAACAUCAACCUAAUUGUCCAGAAAAGGCCUGAAAUCUUAAAGCAGGAAAUCAAAGUCUUCUUUGUGAAGUAUAAUGAUCCCAUCUAUGUUAAACUGGAGAAGUUGGACAUCAUGAUUCGUUUGGCAUCCCAAGCCAAUAUUGCUCAGGUUCUGGCAGAGCUGAAGGAAUAUGCCACAGAGGUGGAUGUUGACUUCGUUCGCAAAGCUGUGCGGGCCAUUGGACGGUGUGCCAUCAAGGUGGAGCAAUCUGCAGAACGUUGUGUAAGCACGUUGCUUGAUCUCAUCCAGACCAAAGUAAAUUAUGUGGUUCAAGAGGCAAUUGUUGUCAUCAGGGACAUCUUCCGCAAGUACCCAAAUAAGUAUGAAAGUAUCAUUGCCACUUUGUGUGAGAACUUAGACUCUCUGGAUGAGCCAGACGCGCGAGCAGCUAUGAUUUGGAUUGUGGGAGAAUAUGCUGAACGAAUUGACAAUGCAGAUGAGUUACUAGAGAGCUUCCUGGAGGGUUUUCAUGAUGAGAGCACCCAGGUGCAGCUCACUCUACUUACUGCCAUAGUGAAGCUGUUUCUCAAGAAACCAUCAGAAACACAGGAGCUGGUACAGCAGGUCUUGAGUUUGGCAACACAGGAUUCUGAUAAUCCUGAUCUUCGAGAUAGGGGCUAUAUUUAUUGGCGGCUUCUCUCAACGGACCCUGUUACAGCCAAAGAAGUAGUCUUGUCUGAGAAGCCACUGAUCUCUGAGGAGACAGAUCUUAUUGAGCCAACUCUGUUGGAUGAGCUAAUCUGCCACAUUGGUUCUUUGGCCUCGGUGUACCACAAACCUCCCAAUGCUUUUGUGGAAGGAAGUCACGGAAUCCAUCGCAAACACUUGCCAAUACAUCAUGGAAGCACUGAUGCAGGUGACAGCCCUGUUGGCACCACCACUGCCACCAACCUGGAACAGACUCAGGUUAUUCCCUCUCAAGGUGACCUUCUAGGGGACCUUUUAAACCUUGACCUCGGUCCCCCAGUCAAUGUGCCACAGGUGUCCUCCAUGCAGGUGGGAGCAGUGGAUCUCUUGGGAGGAGGACUAGAUAGUCUGCUUGGCAGUGACCUUGGCGGGGGCAUUGGAGGAAGUCCGGCAGUGGGACAAUCCUUCAUUCCGUCAUCAGUGCCUGCAACCUUUGCUCCUUCACCUACUCCUGCUGUGGUCAGCAGUGGUCUGAAUGACCUAUUUGAACUCUCUACAGGAAUAGGCAUGGCACACGGUGGAUAUGUGGCUCCUAAGGCUGUCUGGCUGCCUGCAGUAAAGGCUAAAGGCUUAGAGAUUUCUGGAACAUUUACUCAUCGUCAGGGGCACAUCUAUAUGGAAAUGAACUUCACCAACAAAGCUCUGCAGCACAUGACAGACUUUGCAAUCCAGUUUAACAAGAAUAGCUUUGGUGUCAUCCCCAGCACUCCUCUGGCCAUCCAUACACCACUGAUGCCAAACCAGAGCAUCGAUGUCUCCCUGCCUCUCAACACCUUGGGCCCAGUCAUGAAGAUGGAGCCUCUGAAUAACCUACAGGUGGCUGUGAAAAACAAUAUUGAUGUCUUCUACUUCAGCUGCCUCAUCCCGCUCAAUGUGCUUUUUGUAGAAGAUGGCAAAAUGGAGCGCCAGGUCUUCCUUGCAACAUGGAAGGAUAUUCCCAAUGAAAAUGAGCUUCAGUUUCAGAUUAAGGAAUGUCAUUUAAAUGCUGACACUGUUUCCAGCAAGUUGCAAAACAACAACGUUUAUACUAUUGCCAAGAGGAAUGUGGAAGGGCAGGACAUGCUGUACCAAUCUCUGAAGCUCACUAAUGGCAUUUGGAUCUUGGCUGAGCUACGUAUCCAGCCAGGAAACCCCAAUUAUACGCUGUCGCUGAAGUGUAGAGCCCCUGAAGUCUCUCAGUACAUCUAUCAGGUCUAUGACAGCAUUUUGAAAAACUAAUAGACUACUCCAGUGCCCUCCGGCCAUCCUGUGAUCAGUGCAAGCCAAGAACUCAUAACUGGAAGAAAUUGUGUUGUCGUGUAGAAUCUGAACCUAAAUUCACUGAGGCCACCCACCAAGGUAGUGACUAGUCUAACCUGUGCUAAAUUAGGGCGCAACCUGUUGGAUAGUGUUAACUUCCUGUGAACGUUUGUAACCACUGCUUCAAUCACUCCCCACCUUUUGCCACCUGCUGCUGCUGUCUGUCCUUACUUGUGGGCUUCUCCAUACCGGGCCAAUGGCUGGCAAUGUUGAGCGUAGGUUGAUAUUUUGUAAUUGAGAACUCAUUUCAAAAGCAGAAAAAGACAAAAAAUAUUAAAGCAAGGAAAAGUGUCACUGAAACAUAAAUUGCACUUUAUUGUUUUAUAUUUUUGUACAUAUGAGAAAUUGAGGGAGCAAUGUAAUCAUUGUUAGAAAGUGUUAAAACAACGGACUGUCAUUUCCCUGCGCAGUCCUGGAGGAAGAGACACGGUUUCUUGCCCGCCCUGUUAGGGGUUUUCUUAUUUGUGACAGCCUUGUUCCUAGUCAAUUGGAUUGUCACUUUUUUUCCUUUCCAGCAAACUCCAUUUCCUUGAGAUUCCCCUGCCCUGCAUUAUCAUCUCAUUUGAUUGCUCUACAGUUGGGAAUAGUGGUCUUCCUUGAAUGCUGCUUAGGGUGCAGGAAUAGGGCCCAUCAGUACCAAGGUUGAGAGAAAUUAGAACUUACUACAUUCCUUUCCCCUGCUCUGACCCAUUAAUAAAACUAUUAAGGAAUUUGAGUAGAGAUGGGAAAUAGGAACCAAAAGGCCUUUCCCCUACCCCCCACCCUUUAUUUGGUUUAAUUCUCAGGUCCAUUUCAGAUCUAAAACUCAUACUUUUAGAGUUGAAACAGACUUUAAUUAAUAACUUACCCAACCCUGGUUUUCUAAAAAAGAAAACAGUAAAAGGUAAAAAGGGUAUUAUUUCCUGAGGCCUGUUAGCUGUUCAGUAGCAGAGCUGAGGGACUGGGUCUCCUAAAUCCCCAUCAAUGUUGUUUUCACUGCAGUAGUGUCUUUUUUUUUCCCUCAAUGCCUUCCUCGUGCCUUUUCUGUGCCUGCUUCUUUAUGGCUUUUCUCAUAUUCCAUACUGAUUUUGGCACUUCAUUCAUUGGCAUCAGGUGGCAGCAGAGUAUCCUUUCAGUCACUUGAAGGUAAAUCCAGAUGCCUGAAUGAAGAGGUAGCUAAUGUUUCCCAUAAGGUCCUGGAGCUGUUCUUGAAGCCAACAGGGUGGGCACAGAGAUGAAGUGAGCUUAGAGGUGUCACGGAUUCCCUUUAUCCCUGCAGCUCUCUGAUCUGCUCUUUACUUGUGUUAUUUAGGCUCCAAGGCAAUUGAGAUCAUCUCAGAGGGGCAAGCAGUUCUUGUCAUCUCUCAAAAGCUAGGGAGAUGUGAAAUCCCCUUGCUGAACACAUUGGGUGUGAUUUAUCAACGAUUGCUUCAUGCCCAAAACACCAGUCUAUUUAGCAGUGUUCACUCCGUUUCAUCUGUGGGCACUUGUUGCGUUGCCUUGGCACCCAGUAUUCAGGGUCCACGACCAAGACUGUUUCUCAGCUGUCCCUACUCAAAUCAGAGACACUUUGGGGUCCAAAGGCCUGAUAUUGGACUCAGACCUACGAGUGAGUCCCAGAGGAGGAAACAUAGAGACAACAAGAACAGAAACUGCCCCCCAGUCCUGCCAUAUCUGAAAUGACCCCGAUUUAUACCAUUUGCAAAGCUUGGGGGAGUGAGUCCCCCAAAGCAGUUUCUUAAACCUUGAGAAUCUCCAAGAGAAGAAUUGCUGCAGUUGGGGAAAGGAACUGUGUCCUGCGCUCACCGCCCCGCAGGCACACGGAGAAUAGGAAGUAAGGGUUGUGUGUGGGAGGUGGGUGGGUUGGUGGUGUGUGGGGCGGAAAAGCACGUGGAUGAAGUUCCUGGUUGGGAAAUCAGUCAGAGCCAGUUGGAUACAAGCAGUGAAGGUUCACACUACAAAUAGUGUUAUCAUCUCAAAGCAAAUUGUAGUUCCAAAAGGAGGAGUGUGUUGGGGUAAGCAAACAGAAAACAAUUUUGUAUUAGGAUAUGUUCCUCCGCCCCUGAAACGGCUUCUCUCAGCCUCCCCAGCAGUGAUGGUAACAACUGCUGCUCUCGGCUGACCUGACCAAGCCAAUCUGGAAACUCGCCCCUUGGGGAGGCUGCCUCCUGUGCUCCCCAGCACUUAGGGAGGGAUUCUGCUCCACAGAAAAGGACCUGUCUCCUGAAGAGUCAGCACCUAUUGCCUCCACCAGUGCUUCCCUUUUGGCCUAUUUCAAGCUUGGCUGAAUUGGGGAAAUGGAAUGAGAUGGCCCUGCGUUUCCCUCCCCUCUGCCUCCGUAUGUCUUUGCCAAGUCAGUUGGUGUCACAUAAAGGGCACGGGAAGCGCACACACAGCCAGAACUCUUUUGCUGGUCAGAGAUUCCCUGAGUGUCUGUCCUCGCCCAAGCCUGUUCUGUGUGUCUGUGUUGUGAAGCUUGGGACUCUGGAGAGAAAUGGGGAGGGGGGAGGGAUAAAUGUUGGGAUCUGAUCUUGGGGAGGGUGGGGGUUGAGGGAAGCUUGACCUUGUGUCUUCCUCAAUAAACUUCAUUUACACAAAA